CGUAUCGUCUCAUCAUCAAUGCCAAGGGGUUUUUAAGAGACCAGUUUUGACGGAGCCGAGUUACGCCGCAGCUUCCGCCAAACCUUCUACCAUUUCUUGGAUAGUGUAACUACCUAUAGAACCAGGAUUCCGCCUCGUCUGCUGCUAUCCUGCCAAUUUGCCCUGAGUUGACGGUUCCCAUAUCCUACGGGAGCCAGAUCUAUCAAGAUGGCUCUGCGCCACUCGGCAUGCCGCCUGUCGCAGAAGGCAUCGCAAGCUACGGCCCCUUCUCUAACCUCAAACCCGGUCCAGUCUCUGUUGAGAGCCAGGAUUUCGCAAUCACAGUCGAGAUCAUUGGCAACGGCAGUGCACCCUGUCACCCAAAAUUCCGAUGGCUCCAAGGGCCCCACUGCCAUGGUAUUUCUGAACAUGGGCGGCCCGUCGACGGUCGACGAAGUCGGGGAUUUCCUGAGUCGCCUCUUUGCCGAUGCCGAUCUUAUUCCCCUCGGACGACUCCAGGGAUACCUUGGCCCGCUCAUCUCCAAACGCCGCACGCCGAAGAUACAGAAGCAGUAUGCCGCAAUAGGCGGGGGUUCGCCGAUUCGGAAGUGGUCCGAGUACCAAUCUGCGGAGAUGUGCAAGAUACUGGACAAGAUCUCGCCAGAGACCGCACCUCACAAGCCAUAUGUCGCAUUCCGAUACGCCGACCCCCUGACCGAGGAGAUGUAUCACAAGCUGCUCGCAGACGGCUUUGGCAAUGGAAAAGGCGGCCGAGCCGUCGCGUUUACCCAGUACCCCCAGUAUUCGUGCUCUACAACGGGCAGCAGUCUUAACGAAUUGUGGAAAUGGAGGCAAAGGCUUGAGGGCAAGUCGGGCCCUCUCGAUGAUGGCAGGGACGGCACCAUAAGAUGGAGCGUCAUCGAUAGAUGGCCAGCUCACACCGGCCUUAUCGAAGCCUUUGCCAGGCUCAUUGAGGAGAAGCUGGCAGAGUAUCCCGAGGAACGCCGGAGGAAGGCCGUGCUGCUGUUCUCCGCCCACAGCCUGCCCAUGAGCGUGAUCAACAGAGGCGACCCGUAUCCCGCCGAGGUUGGGGCUACGGUCUAUGCUGUCAUGCAGCGCUUGAACUUCGCGAACCCAUACCGCUUGUGUUACCAAUCUCAAGUAGGGCCUCAGCCGUGGCUCGGCCCACAAACAGCGACGACUGUGGAGGAGUACAUCGCAAAAGGCCAGAAAGAUCUGGUCUUGAUCCCGAUCGCCUUCACGUCGGAUCACAUAGAGACGCUCUUCGAGCUCGAUGAGGAGGUAAUUGGCGAAUCGGGACACCGAGACACAGUCAAGAGGGUGGAAAGCCUGAAUGGCAACCCCGUUUUCAUUGAGGGUCUGGCCAGCCUCGCCAAAUCACAUCUGGAAAGCGGCAGUAUGUGCUCGUUGCAAAUGGAGCUGCGAUGCCCGGGCUGCAAGAGCGAGAGAUGUCACGAGUCGAAGAAGUUCUUCGCUGGGCAGCAAACCUUGGCUGGUCACUGACAAGCCAAGCCCCUGUACGAUAUUUACUGCGUAGAGUGAUGGACAAGGACGUGUAUAAAAUCUCCACGUUGUCGGGUAGACAAAACAAUAUCAGACAGGGCCAGUUACUGAAUCCCACGUUGGUUCACAUUUCCACGAAUAACUUUGCUGAGAUUCUGGCCAGCCCUAUUGAUGAUCUGUUUCCACACUUUUCCCACUCCACAGGGUGCGUGGGUCGUCG